GCCGGCCGCCGUCGCGCGGGGCGGGCCCGCGGGAGGAGCGCGGCGGGGCCGGGAUGGCGGCGCGGGCCGGGCGGUGCUGCCGGGCCGGGCUGAGCUGCGGCGCUCUGCUGUCCCCGGCUCUGCUGUCCCCGGCUCUGCUGUCCCCCGCUCUGCUGUCCCCGGCUCUGCUGUCCCCGGGCACGCCUCGCUGGGGACGCGCCGCGUUUUCGUCGGCGGCCGCGGUGAGCGGCAGGGAAGGGCCGCAGCCCCGGGAAGGUUCAGUACAGAGAAGAGGGAGGACACCACAGUUUGUAAGAUCAGCUGCACCUCCCAGGACAGAGAGGAUGGCUGUGGAUCAGGACUGGAGCAGUGUGUACCCAACUGCAGCUUCCUUCAAACCUGCCUCAGUGCCUCUCCCCAUCCGAAUGGGUUACCCAGUGAAGAGAGGAGUGCCUCCACCAAAAGAAGGCAACCUGGAACUGAUCAAGAUUCCAAAUUUUUUGCAUCUUACUCCUCCUGCAAUUAAGAAGCACUGUGCAGCUCUUAAAGAUUUCUGCACUGAGUGGCCAAGUGCUCUGGACAGUGAUGAGAAAUGUGAACAGCAUUUCCCCAUUGAAACUGAAACAGUAGAUUAUGUUUCUUCAGGGACUUCUAUUCGGAACCCCAAAGCAAGAGUGGUGACCUUAAGAGUUAAACUUUCUAACCUGAAUUUGGAUGACCAUGCAAAGAAGAAGCUCAUUAAGCUGGUGGGAGAGCGGUACUGUCAGGAGACAGAUGUGCUCACAAUUACAACAGACAGGUGUCCCCUGAGAAGACAGAACUAUGAUUAUGCCAUGCACCUGCUCACAGUCCUGUACCACGAAUCCUGGAAAACUGAGAAGUGGGAGAGCGAGAAGUCUGAGGAAGACAUGGAGGAGUAUAUCUGGGAAAACAGUCGCUCUCAGAAAAAUGCCUUGGACACACUGCUGCGAAUCAAAGCUGCAGAGAAUGUCACUAAUGUCACUAAGGAGGAGCUGCUGGCUUCUGAAGUGGUUCAGAAUUACAGAAACUCAGUCCUUGCGCUUAAAAACGAAGGUGAAACAGAAAGUAACAUGUCUCAGUACAAGGAAUCUGUGAAGAAACUGUUGAAUAUACAAGCAUGACAGCAGGGUCUGCAGGUACACCUGAUCAUUACAGAGAUGUUCAACUACUGUGUUAGUAUUUCUUAAUGAUGUGGAUGUAUAAUUAUUCACAACCCAAACCAAAAAAUGAAACUUGACGAUGAGUUAAGUCCUGUCCAUGAAUCUUGUCCUUUGAAUAAAAUAUGUUUGGAUUCA